UUUGGGACGAAACAAUUAAUCCGGGAAUCGGAGAAGCAGAAGAGCAAAAUCGCGAAGGCGGAAGAGGAAUUCGGAGAAUCUAAUCGGAAGAAAAUGGCAGAGAAGAAGGAGACGGUGCCGCCGAAGUACGACGUCAACGCCAAGUGGGACGCCUGUCUGGAUCUCACCGUCCGUCGCUUCGUCUACUCCUCUCUCGGCGGCGCCUUCGCCGGACUUCUCUUCUUCAUGUAUGGUGAUUAUGGAUUAGGGAGCCCUGUGACGAGAUGGGCAUCAGUAGCUUUUGGGGCGGGGUUAGGUAUUGGAUCUGCUUACACCGAUUGUUCCCGUGUUUUUGAUGCACCUUCUUCUUCUCCAUCUUCUGCCACUUUCACAGCUCCCAAUAGUACGGAUGUUUCUGAACCUCAGGGUGCGAACCAGUAGAAUGCGGUUUGAAAGCUGAAGUUAGGCCAAAACCUGGAUCAUGUGUUGAGAACAAGCCAGUGUAAACCUUGUUUUGACUUUGAAAUCUAAAUGCACAGAACUCUCAAGCAUUCUGUUUCAGUUUUAAUUUGUAUCGGAAAAAACGCACAGAAGAAUAAUUUCCUCAGCUCAGUUGGGUUGUGCAUAUGUU